AUUCUCAUCAGUCAUCAUUUCAGUCUUAGAGAGCGCACAUCACCUGUUAUUGCUCUCAGAGAAUUUAAUCAUUUGAAAUAUUAGUUACUUAAUAAAAGUAACUAGUGACACAAUGUCAAACCCGAUAAAGUUAACUUCGCUCUUUUCUCCCCUCGAGCCAAUGAAUUCAAACUCUGUUGUUCCUUCAUCAUCAUCUGAAAUUGUAGAGUUGGAUAAUGAAGAUAUUGAAGAGGUCAUCCCUCCCAAAAGACGACUCAUCUUUAAGGAUGGAAAGAAUAAAGUCAAGUACGUUUUCCCCGACGGGGUGAAAGCAGUGGUGUUGGCUAGUGGAAAAAAGAUUGAAUUAACCGAGUUAAUUGUUUCCGAAUCGCCAGAUAAUUCACAGGAGGAUGAGAAUUGGCUACCACCUAAAGGAGCGAUGCUUGCUGUGUUCUACGCCAUAAAGUCUCACUUGGAGUACAACGGAAAGGACUCCGCGAUGGACUCUACUCCUCAAUUUUUGAAACUCAUGAAAUCGCUUCCUAUUAGUGGAACAUCAACUUUAAUGACCAAGGGGAAAAAGGCUACACCAAUCAAAAUAAACGGCAACGAAGUCUUCAUCAAGUGGAAGGAUGGGACUGUUUGGUUUAAUGAGCAGACUGCAAGAACUAAAACUAAAUGGUAUGGUGCGAGAAAGAAGUGUAAAACUACUUCAUGUUGGACCUAUGCCUCUGACGUCGUAAACGCAGUGUGCGUUAAGCACUUAAUCAGGCCACGAGAGUUGUUACUUAUUUGGGACAAACUGAACGAAACCACCACUAUUGCUAUGUUCCAUCCGAACUUCAAAGUAUCGACUUCAACCGAUAAAUGGGUCAACAGCUACUUGAGUGCCAGUAAUGUUGGCAAAAGGGAAGUGUGGCUAACGAAGUAUUCAGCGUCCAGAGAAGAGUACGAGUUCACUAUUCUGAAAUCGUGGCAGAGUGUGAAUUCUACUCAAACAUAUCAUAAUUACUCGAUCGCCCUGGGUAUUCUUGUGCUACUUCACAAUAUGAAAGUGAACGGUGAAAGUCACAAGAUUAAGUACUGUACGAGACUGAUUCAUUUUCAUGAAGCCGAUUGGGGAAAGGUUCUCAAAAUUCUCAAUCUGAACGGUGUCUCUUUCCGGAUUGGUGAGAAAGACGAAUCGAUUGACCACAAAAAGUGUCCUCUACUCCCUCCUGGCAAAAAAUUCUCUCCAACUCAACCCCAUACGUACCAAGGGUGGGAUAAAAAGGGAGGCUAUUAUGAUGGCCUGUCAUUGUCAAAGAGGAAAUCAUUCAAGGGUAAUGGUUCAAAAGAUCACAGAAGAGUAAAAACAACUAUGAGAGGAGUGAAAGACGAGGAUAUCGUCAACGUGUAUCAACUGCCAGCAGAGACCCCAUUCGAGUUUGAUGAUGAUGAUGAGGAAGAAGAUUUGAAUGAGGAGGAGGAUGAAGAUUUGAAUGACGAGGAGGAUGAAGAUUUGAAUGAGGAGGAGGAUGAAGAUUUGAAUGACGAGGAGGAUGAAGAUUUGAAUGACGAGGAGGAUGAGGAAGAAGACAUGUGGUCGGAAAAGAAGAGACGAGCAAAACACGCCGAGUGUAUAGGUUUUUUGGCCACAAUGAUUGCGACAAUGAUGGGUGUGGAACGGGAUGGUUUUGUGAUCCACCCAAUGACUAAAAUUUGGCCUUUCUUUAACACUGUUUUUGAUUUGGAUAUUUUACUCGACAUUUUUAAGUUCAAAACUCAGUGUUCUCUCGAGAUAGUUCAGGAUAAGAUGUUGGAAAUGGUGGAUGGAAAGUUGAAUGUAAUUUGGUGUGAUUAGAUAUUAUAGAUAUGUCUGUUCGAUUUGUUUAUUACACUGUUGAGUAAUUUUAAUAAAAACUGAAAUAUUUACGUAUGUACUAA